CUUUGUGUUUUUUAGGUGGCAUAGUAAUAUUAAAGUGAAGAAGUUGCAAUGGGGAAUCAGCUGGCUGGCAUUGCCCCCUCUCAGAUACUUUCUGUUGACAGCUAUUUCUCAGACAUCCAUGAUUUUGAAUAUGACAAAAGAUUGGGCAGCACUCGUUUUUUUAAAGUUGCCCGAGCUAAACAUCGAGAAGGUUUAGUGGUUGUCAAAGUGUUUGCCAUUCAGGAUCCAACUUUACCAUUAACUAGUUACAAGCAGGAAUUGGAGGAACUGAAAAUACGAUUGCAUUCUGCACAAAAUUGUCUUCCUUUUCAGAAAGCCACAUUAUCUGAAAAAGCAGCCAUGUUGUUCAGACAGUAUGUGCGAGAUAAUCUUUAUGAUCGAAUUAGUACCCGGCCAUUCCUAAACAACAUUGAAAAGAGAUGGAUUGCUUUCCAGAUCUUGACUGCAGUAGAUCAAGCACACAGGUCUGGAGUCCGGCAUGGAGACAUCAAAACUGAAAAUGUGAUGGUGACCAGCUGGAACUGGGUCCUUUUAACAGAUUUUGCAAGCUUUAAACCAACCUACCUCCCUGAAGACAAUCCUGCUGAUUUCAAUUAUUUCUUUGAUACUUCGAGAAGGAGAACAUGUUACAUUGCUCCAGAGCGCUUUGUUGAUGGCAGUAUGUUUGCCACAGAAUUGGAGAAUAUACGAGAUCCUUCCACUCCCCUGGUUGAUUUGGUCAACAGUAAUCAACGCAGCAGAGGGGAAUUGAAACGUGCAAUGGAUAUAUUUUCUGCAGGUUGUGUAAUAGCUGAGCUGUUUACAGAAGGUGUGCCUCUCUUUGAUUUGUCACAGCUUUUGGCAUAUAGAAAUGGCCUCUUUUCCCCUGAACAGGUCCUGAGUAAAAUUGAAGAUCGAAGUAUUAGAGAAUUGGUUAUUCAAAUGAUCCAGUGUGAACCUGAAAAGCGUUUAGCAGCUGAAGAUUACUUGAAGCAACAACGUAACAAUGCAUUUCCAGAAAUAUUCUACACUUUCCUUCAGCCAUAUAUGGCACAAUUUGCCAAGGAAACCUUUGUAUCUGCUGAUGAGCGCAUCCUUGUUAUCCGUAAAGACCUGGACAAUAUAAUCCACAAUCUCUGUGGGCACGAUCAGACAGAAAAGGCUGAGGGAGAGACAAAGGAAAAUGGAUUAGUCAUCUUGGUGUCGGUGAUAACUUCGUGCCUGCAGACCCUGAAAUACUGUGAUUCAAAACUGGCUGCCUUGGAGUUGAUUCUUCAGUUGACACCUAAGUUAAGUGUAGAAAUCCUACUGGAUCGUAUCACCCCUUAUCUCUUGCACUUCAGCAAUGACUCUGUGCCCAGAGUGAGGGCAGAAGCUGUUAGGACACUCACUAAAGUUCUGACUUUGGUUAAAGAAGUUCCACGGAAUGAUACCAAUAUCUACCCAGAGUACAUCUUGCCAGGUAUUGCACACCUGGCCCAGGAUGAAGCAACUAUUGUCAGACUAGCUUAUGCUGAGAACAUAGCAUUGUUGGCUGAAACUGCUCUGAGAUUUUUGGAGCUAGUCCAGUUGAAAACUCUGAACAUGGAAAAUGAACCAAACAGUGAAGAAACAGAUGAUGCAAUGCAUCCUAGUGAAAAUUAUGAUACUGAGCUUCAGGCCUUGCAUGAAAUGGUUCAGCAAAAAGUGGUCACUUUAUUAAGUGAUCCAGAAAACAUUGUUAAACAGACUUUAAUGGAGAAUGGGAUCACACGUCUUUGUGUUUUUUUUGGACGACAAAAAGCCAAUGAUGUACUUCUCUCCCAUAUGAUCACUUUUCUUAAUGAUAAGAAUGAUUGGCAUUUACGGGGAGCAUUUUUUGACAGCAUCGUGGGUGUGGCUGCUUAUGUUGGCUGGCAAAGUUCUUCCAUUCUAAAGCCUUUGCUUCAACAAGGACUCAGUGAUGUUGAAGAAUUUGUAAUAUAUAAAGCUCUCAAUGCCCUUACCUGUAUGUGCCAAUUAGGGCUUCUGCAGAAACCUCAUAUAUAUGAGUUUGUGUGUGAUAUUGCUCCAUUUUUGUGCCAUCCUAAUCUCUGGAUACGUUAUGGAGCAGUAGGAUUUAUCACUGUUGUAGCACAGCAUUUGAAUAUUGCUGAUGUUUAUUGCAAACUUAUGCCUUACUUGCACCCCUUCAUCACCCAGCCAAUAAUACAGAUAGAUAAAGAAAUUGUUCUCCUGAGUGUUCUCAAGGAGCCUGUAAGCCGUUCUAUAUUUGAUUAUGUUCUAAGAUCAAAGGAUAUAGGAAGCCUUUUCAGAACUCUACAGCUUCGUCAGAAAAAGAGAAGUGGGACUCUUUCUGACUGUCCACCUCCUGAAGAUCCUGCAAUUGCACAACUGCUAAAGAAGCUACUGUCUCAAGGGAUGACUGAGGAAGAAGAAGACAAGCUGCUUGCCUUACGAGACUUCAUGUUAAAGUCCAAUAAAGCCAAGGCCAACGUAGUGGAUCAGAGCCACCUUCAUGACAGCAUUCAAAAAGGCGUAAUCGACUUGGCAGCUUUGGGAAUAAUUGGGAGACAAGUUGAUCUUAUCAAAACUAAGCAGGAGUCUGAUGAUAAACGUGCUAGAAAACAUGUAAAACAAGAUUCAAAUGUAAAUGAAGAAUGGAAGAGUAUGUUUGGCUCUUUGGAACCUUCUAGCAUACAGCAACCUCUUAGCAAAGGCUAUGUCCAAGCCUCUGACCAGGAAGCUAUCCAAACUGGAAAACCUCUUCGAUCAGAAUCCUCCGCUGGCAUUUGUGCACAUUUAUCAUCUUCUCCACAGGCAGCAGAUGGACAAGCUAUCCAAGUCAGAAAACCAAUUAUACAAGUUAUAAGCAGUGUAGUUUCACCCUCUACAUACCAACUGCGCAUUACUACUUGUAAAACUGAACUUCAACAGUUAAUACAGCAGAAGCGUGAACAAUGCAAUGCAGAAAGAAUUGCAAAACAAAUGAUGGAGAAUGCAGAAUGGGAGACAAAGCCACCACCCCCAGGUUGGCAUCCCAAAGGGCUUCUGGUUGCUCACCUGCAUGAGCAUAAGUCUGCAGUGAAUCGUAUUAGAGUCUCUGAUGAACAUUCAAUUUUUGCUACAUGCUCAAAUGAUGGAACAGUGAAAAUUUGGGACAGUCAUAAAAUGGAAGGCAAAACAACUACUACUAGAUCAAUUUUAACAUAUUCUCGGAUUGGGGGACGUGUGACAACGCUUACUUUUUGCCAGGGUUCUCACUAUUUGGCUAUAGCUUCAGAUAACGGGUCCAUCCAACUUUUUGGGAUUGAAGCUUCAAAACUCCCCAAAUCACCUAAGAUUCAUCCAAUACAAAACAGGUUUUUAGAUCAAAAAGAUGAUGGCUGUGUGGUAGACAUGCAUCAUUUCAAUUCAGGAGCCCAGUCUGUGCUGGCAUAUGCCACUGUGAAUGGUUCGUUAGUGGGAUGGGAUCUGAGGUCCUGUAAUAAUGCCUGGACAUUAAAACAUGAUUUACGCUUGGGGCUUAUAACCUCGUUUGCUGUUGAUAUACAUCAAUGCUGGCUCUGCAUUGGUACAAGCAGUGGGACCAUGGCAUGUUGGGAUAUGAGAUUCCAGUUACCAAUUUCCAGCCAUUCCCAUCCUUCUAGAGCACGGAUCAGACGGCUACUUAUGCAUCCCCUUUCCCAGUCAUGGGUGAUUGCAGCUGUUCAAGGCAAUAAUGAAGUCUCCAUGUGGGAUAUGGAAACAGGAGAUCGACGCUUCACAUUGUGGGCUAGCAGUGCUCCUCCUCUUUCAGAAUUACAGCCUUCGUCUCAUAGUGUUCAUGGAAUAUACUGUAGUCCAGCAGAUGGAAAUCCUAUAUUAUUGACUGCAGGUUCAGACAUGAAGAUAAGAUUCUGGGAUUUAGCUUACCCUGAGAGAUCAUAUAUUGUUGCUGGAAGUCCUAGCUCUCCAUCAGUAUCAUACUAUAGAAAGAUAAUUGAAGGCACAGAAGUUGUUCAGGAAAUUCAAAACAAGCACAAGAUGGGACCUACAGAUGAAACCCCUCGAAGGGGUCCUGAAUCUUUACCAAUUGGGCACCAUGACAUCAUCACAGACGUUGCCACUUUCCAGACCACUCAAGGAUUUAUAGUUACUGCAUCACGAGAUGGUAUUGUCAAAGUAUGGAAGUAAAGUUUACACUGAUUUAUAUAUGUAAAUAAUUGUAAUAAAGACUUAGCAUAGGAUUAAUUUUCUUUGAGGAAUUGUUUAUAUAGCACAAGGGACAAUGGUGCUCAUGAAAGUAAGUAGUGGCUCUCUUGUCAACAGUUGGCACUAAUACUAUUGGCCCUCUUGGAACCUGCCAUUAUAUUUAUGUGGAAUGAUUUAUGUAGCAUUUUCUCAAACUGCCAAGCAAAAGAAAUUGAAGUGAAGAAAUUGUAUUUAACAUCUAACAAUGCUAUUCUUUAAAAGACUUUAGAAAUUGUUUAUAAACAUGAAAAAAUGUAUUAAGCUGCAUCAACAAUAUUUAUGUAAGCUGACUUUUUUACAGGCCAGGUGAGAGAGUGAUAAUACAAAAUUAUUGCACUUUUGUUUCUGUAUAUUCAAACUCUGUAUGCGUAAUGUUGGAAAAUAAAGAGUUUGGAUCACU